AUGGUGGUGCCAGUGGGAGGCAUGGGCUCCUCCAUGGGGGGGGCUCCCCCACAGCAGGUGCUCCUUACUAUGCCGUACCUCAAGGCUGCCCUGGUCGCGGUCACGAUCGUUGUUAUCGGCGAGUUUGCGGCCACAUACUUCAACGAGGCAAUAUCGGACUGCUUGACGCCUUUGUUCGGCAUCCUCGUUCUCAGAGAUGUCACACAGGCUGGUCAGUGCGUGCUUUGCCUGGGGGUGAUCUCGGGCUUCAACUGCCUGUCUGACCUGACAUCGCUGAUUCUGAUCCUCAUCGGACGGCAUUACAUUCCUGGCGCAAAGUAUUUCUUCUCCACCGUGUGCUAUGGAGACGUCCAAGUGUACGAUCCGUCCACUAGAAAGACAAAGACUGAGAACAUGGAGUUGUGCAGCUGGCAAACAGUCGUCGGCAAUGUAUGCAUUGUGCUCGGAGUUCUGACCCAGCUGAUCUGCUGCAGACUCAGUCUUAAGAUCUUCCAGGCCUACCAGCGAGAGGGGAUGAAUGCCAUGCUUGAUGAAUACGAAGGAGAGCCUGGGGAUGGCCUGCGAGCCUCAGCGCCCGGGGUCGCGGACUUGCCGCACCCUGGCGCAGUGGCAGGAGUCCUGGACAAGUGUAUCUUUGUUGGUGGCUGUUGGAUCGGAGGAUGGACAGGUGGAACAUCGAGGAUGCAGGAUGUAGCUCGAAACAGCGGGUCAUCGAAACCAACCAUCUCAAGACAUUGUGGGUUUAAAGGGAUGCUAGGGUGA